GUACGUCCGAGCGCGUCGCCAGCGUGCGCUGCAUUAUGGCCGCCGCGUUUGGUAGGUGUUGUGGACAGUGAGUCCUUUUCGGAGUUUCCCACGAGAGACUCGGUAGUCGUUAGCCCCUCGUCGUCGUCCACGUCGCGUUCGUCCGGUCGAGCGUUCGCCGACGCGGUCUCCCGCGUCCAUCCGGUCCCCCGAGUUUCGUCCGGGGAAACGAGUGCGGAGUGAUUGAGACGAGACGGGCGGUGUGUGAGCAUCUCCGCCGAGGAAGGAUGACGCGUGUACGUCGUUGAGAGUGAGAGAGUGAGAGAGAUAGAGGCAGGCAGGCUGCCGGAAACAACGCGGUAUAUGAUGCAACAGUAAUACAGAUAUAGUAUAAUAUUCAACGGUUCAUGGGGUGGAUGAUAGGAAUUUACUGAAAAUCGAAGAUCAAAGGCAUUCAAAACGCUGGAGAAAGACGGCGGAGCUUCGGAGGAGGGGGAGAUGUCCGCUGGCACCCAGGGCGAGAUCCGGGUUGGCCCUUCGCAUCAGGAAUUGGUUUCUUGUCAGGCCCGAUUGCCUGAGUUUCGGCCGGGUAUACCCGGAGAGCUGCCACCCGAUCCAGAAUUCUCCAAGGAGCGCGAGGAGCUAAGAUGGAUUCCGGCGAUGAUCUUGGACGGGGAUCUGCUCAUGUACUUAAGAGCGGCCCGUUCAAUGGCGGCAUUCGCGGGUAUGUGUGACGGCGGUUCACCGGACGAUGGUUGCUUGGCCGCCGCCCGAGACGACACCACCAUCAACGCGCUGGAUAUCCUUCACGACAUUGGCUAUGAUCCCACUAAUGCGCUCCAAGCACUCGUCAAAUGUCCCGCACCGAAAGGCAUCGACAAGAAAUGGUCCGAGGAAGAGACUAAGCGAUUCGUCAAGGGCCUACGGCAGUUUGGAAAGAAUUUUUCGCGCAUUAGAAAGGAUCUUCUACCUCACAAGGACACGUCGGAGCUGGUCGAGUUCUAUUACUUAUGGAAGAAGACACCGGGCGCGAAUAAUAAUCGGCCCCACAGACGGCGCAGGCAGAGCUCGCUACGGCGGAUACGUAACACGCGUAAUUCCCGUGCUGGCACACCCAAGGAGGAGAUCCCUACGCCUACGAAGGACACAACGCCCGCGGUCAAUCUUAGUACGAAGGAGGCCGCGUCCGAGGUUGAGACAGUACCGGUCGGCACACCGGCCAGUCACAAUCCCGGCGGCGAGAUUAGCUCCGUAACCGAGGACGACAAUUCGGAGGAGGACAGCGACUCGCGCGACACCAACACGAACGGCGCGACGCACUCGUGCCAGCAUUGUUUCUCGAGCAGUUCGAAAGACUAUCAAGUAGCCGGGAAGGAUCGACUGUUGCUCUGCGCGGAAUGCCGGGCGCAUCUAAAAAAGACCGGGGAACUACCGCCCUUGCAGCCGUAUCUGUUCCGCCCGGUGCCCGCGGAAUCGCCCGAGAGUCCCGGUAGGAUGCGCACACGGAAUAAGGCCAAGGAGACACCGAGACCAGCGAGACCGCGACGAACCGGCGGCGGCACAGACACGCCUGAUCAAGAAAAGCAGCAACAGCAGCAGCAACAGACGCCUGAUAAGAGUAAGAAGAAGUCGUCCGGCAAGGCCGAUACACCCAAGAAGGGUCACAAGCGCUCGAGUCAGACGGACGACACUUGCAACGACGAGGAUAAGGAGUCGCAGAAGCGAAAACGCGGCGGCGGCGAACGGCCCGAUAGCCCGUCCGAAUCUCUCACGACCGAUAGUAAUUCCCUGAUGGACGAGCCGGAGAGAGAGACGGAGGGUGACGCAAACGAGAAUCAACCGACGCCGCCAACGGUCGCCGGUGUAACCGGCGUGGAGGAACCUGUCAGUAGUCCGGCCGUCACGACGCCCGAGGAGCCGUCCGAGCCGACGCCGGCGUCUACCCCGGUACCGGCCGCGAUACAGAGCCUGCCGAUAUCGGUCCCGGUAAUACACAAUUUGGAGAAGAAGCCUUCCGUCUUGUUGGAUCAGGAACCGGUGGAUCAGAGCAAGAUAGCGGAUCAGGCGGAAGACGUGCCAUUGGUCAUGAACCAGGCAAUGAAGUUGGAACCGAUCGAGUCGACGAUGUCGCCGACCAUGUCUAACGAGGAUAUAGCCAAGGAAUCUGAAACGACACAGUUGAAUCUGAGUACGUCUGCGCAGUCUGUUGGAACUGGUCCGAGUGACGUAGCAAGUUCCGCGGUUACGGUCCGCAAUCUGUCGCAAAGUAUACCAAGUAUUAUCACGAGCGUAGGCUCGCAGCUGCCAGCUAUAUCCGCGCACAUCCCGGUGGUACCGGUUCCCGGUCAGCAACAGACCGGCACGGCAGCCGGUGGACUGACGAGUCUCAGUCUGCAGUACGUGCAGCCGCCGCCGCCCCCGCCGCCGCCUCCGGUGCAAAAUGUGCCGCAGAAUCUUUCGCAAAGUAUGCCGCCGCAGAUGACGCCGAGCGUGCCUAAUAUGGGACCAACGAAUCUGCGCAGCCACGUGACCGAAAGCUUGCCAACUUCCGCGCAAACACUGCCGCCAAAUAUGUCGGGACCGCCACCGUUAAAUCUCAAUAUUUCGCAAAGUGUGUCGGCAAGUAUCGGCCCGAUCGGUCAGAUCUCACAGAUGCCGCCGAUGCCGAGCUCGUCCCCGCAACCGCUCGGUUUAACGGUGAUGUCAUCCGAGAGUAGAAACGCCGAAAGAAUGAUGGACGAUAGACUUUCGGUGAGCGAUCGUGUGCGCGACAAUCGAGCUCCCGACUCUCGUAUGAUGCCGGAACGCGUUUCGGAACGAGCGAGCGAGAACAAUGAGCCGGAACGAUCGGAACCGAGUAAUUUGUUCCAACCGAUACAAGCCGGCGGAAUGUUGCCGAUGGAAAAACCCGCGGGUCUCUACAAUUUACCAGCCGGUACACCGCCGAUGGAACCGCAGAAUUUGAAGAUCAAGCAGGAGAUCAUACCACCGGAACCGGAUCCUCUGCAGAGUUUGAAAGAGGUCAAGGUACCAGGCUUCCAGAGCUCUAGUUUUCCAGGUCCGAGUUUGGACAACAUCAAGAAGGAUCCGGACGGCGCGAGCAAACCGCCGACGCCGAGCAAGCACUCCAUGCCACCGGUUAGUCAAGCGGUGCCAUCGAUUCAGCCGGUCGCGGCAUCGCCGACACCGACGCCGAGUUUGCCGCCACCUCCCAGUUCGAUCCCUCAACCAGUGAUGCAUCCGGCGCAGCAGCCAAGUCCGCAUAUGGCUCAUCCCUUCCAUCCACAUCACCCGCUCAUGCAUCAUUCUUUGUUUACAGCCAUGCACACGUAUCAUCCUCAUGCCUAUCCAGGAUACGCUCCAGUGGGAGGAUAUCCGUCCUUCUCGCCAUACCCUUACGGUCCGGUACCUCACGCCAUUCCGCCGCCUUCGCCGCAACGAAGCCAAGAGAGCCAAAACGCCAUGAUGACCGCGCAUCAUGCCAGCGCCAGUUCAAGCGUCGCGAGCAGAGAAGAGGGCGAGAAUCUAAUUGCGAGUCACCACCAUUCGUCCAGCAUGCAUCAGCAGCCGACGAACUUGCACCACGACAAACUAUUGACAAUCUCUUCUCACAGCUCUCACAGUCAUUCGUCGUCUCACAGCUCGCACAGCAGCCAGCGGAAACCGUCGCUCGUCUCGGCUACGUGUCUAACGUCGUCGGCUAGUUCCGUGCACCAUCACCAUCGUCCGUCGCAGUCGCAGCAACCGCAACCGGUGGUGCAGGAGCCGAAGAUCGAGCAAGAUAUGGAGACCGAGCCGGAAGAAUCCAUUAGUCCUCGUGGACCGUCGCCGGAGCCGCGAAUCGAGGAUUCCGAGUGUCAUCGUUCGCAAUCGGCGAUUUUCCUGAGACAUUGGAAUCGCGGCGAAAAUAACUCGUGCACGCGCACCGAUCUGAUGUUCAAACCGGUCCCCGAUUCGAAACUCGCGAGGAAGCGCGAAGAACGCUCGCGGAAACAGGCGGAAAAAGAGCGAGAGGAGCGCGAUCGCGCCGCUGCCGCGGCUCAACAGGCGAGAAAGAUGACGACGCCGGAGAAGCAACCCGAAGUGUGCAAACCACCCAGUCGCGGACCCCUGGAACCGGUCGUUUCCCCAUACGAUCGUUACGCCGCUCGUCCUGGUUCGUACGCGGACACCCCGGCGCUCAGACAAUUGUCCGAGUAUGCCAGACCACACGCAGCUUUCUCCCCCGCGAGACAUCCCGCCCCGUCCGAUCCGAUGUUGCACUAUAUCUACGGACGCGAAGCAGCGGCGGCGCAACGAUUGGAGCUGGAACAUCUGGAACGCGAGAAGAGAGAACGCGAAAUACGCGAGCUACGCGAGAGGGAGCUGAACGACCGACUGAAGGAGGAGUUGUUUAAGGGCACACCUAGGCCGAUGCCAGCACCGCCGGUCGAUCCUCACUGGCUGGAGAUACAUCGCCGAUACGCCGGUUUGGCACCUGGUCCUUCCGGACCGCCCCAGGCUAUACACCAGUUCGGCCUCUACGGGGCACCACCGGGCCCGAGUCAACUCGAGAGAGAACGACUCGAACGACUAGGGAUUCCGACUGCAGCCGGCGGGGGGCCAGCGGGUGGAGCGGCUGGCCAUCCCGUGGUGGCUCAUCAUCACGGCCAGUUGGAAGAACGGCUGGCUCUGGCCGCUGACCCGAUGGUCCGAUUACAAAUGGCUGGCAUCUCGCCCGAGUAUCACGCUCACACUCACGCGCAUACGCAUGCGCAUACGCACUUGCACUUACAUCCGGGACAGCAACAGGCCCAGCAACAGGCUCAGCAACAGCAGGAAGCCGCUGCGGCUGCGGCUGGAUUUCCUCUGCCGGCUGCGGCAGGCGCCAAUUAUCCUCGUCCCGGGUUAAUGCCACGCGAUCCAGCCUUGGCGCUUCACCCGGCGGAACUUCUAGGAAGACCUUACGCAGACAUGGCAGCGCAUCACGAACAGUUGCAACGGCACCUCAUGAUAGAGCGCGAACGAUUCCCUGCGCAUGCAUCCCUCGUGGCGCAUCACGAGGAAUACCUGAGACAACAGCGUGAGCGCGAGCUUAAGGUUCGCGCGCUGGAAGAAGCCGCACGUGGAUCGCGUCAAUAAAUUAUAUUUUUUAUUUGUGUAUAUAUAAUAUAUAUAUAUAAUAUAUAUAUAUAUAUAUAUAUACAAUAUAGUUUCUUGAUUGCGUUUAAGCGUGAUGUAUUAAUAUAUGUAUAUGCGCGUAUAUGUUGUAUAUAUAUGUACGCGUAUAUAUAUUUUAUAUCCGAGCGUUCUUUCAACGAUGAGUUGAAAAUUUAGGAAAAAAGUCGGAUCUUGUUCUGUAAUUUAUAUAUCCUCUAAAGUCAGAAAUUAUUUUUAUGAUCUUUCAGAUCGCGUGCGAUGGGAAUAUAUUAUAUACAUAUAUAUAUAUAUAUAUAUAUAUAUAUAUAUAUAUAUAUUGUGUGUAUAUAUAUAUACAUAUAGGCGCAGCGAGCAUAAUCAUUGUAAUAACUCAUUAUUGUAAAUACUACGACAAAAUAUUCUAGCUCUCCGGUGCAACAUUUAGUACCGUUGCUCCUUUAGAGUGAUCGAGGUUUAUAUAAAUGGCAUAUAAGCCGUUUUCAAGUCUUUAAAUAUUAUAUUGUUAAUAUUCUUACACUUCGCUAUCGACAAUAUCACGAUUUCGUCGAUCUUGCCCGAUUUAUUUUGAUUGAUUUUGCUUUUUUUGUAGUAUUUCAUUUUAAAUAGUAUGUAUGCCAAAGCGUUUGCACAAGGUGAAAUUAUAUCGCGUUCUUUUUUUUCAAUUCUUCUAUAUGUAUGUAGAUAUAUAGAUUAUAUAUAUAUAUUUUUUUUAUAUAUAUUUGUCCGUAAAUAGUAUGUAAAUGUGCGCGUAGUCGUCGUCGUAUAAAACAGAUGAAAGGAAAAAGUAAAUCGCUAAAGAAAGUAAUAAAUAAAUCGAGAGCAAUGUUGAAAGGAAUGAGACCUUUCGUUUGUACAUCUUUUUAUAUCGAAAAACUUUUGUAGUGUUUUAACUAAUUUUAAUUAUUACAUCUAAUAAUGAAAAAUAGUUAAACCAAUGUAAAAAUUAUGGUAUUAAAUAAUUAAAAUUACUUAAAACGCGACGUUAGAAACAUCAUGCAUAAAACAUUCAGGGCCGGCUGUUCCAACUUCUUGGUCAAUUUUACCCGACAGAUAGCAUAUGUUUAUCUUUUUUUUUUUAUUUUUUUAUUUUUUUUUAAACUUAUUUGAAAAAAGAUUAAGAUAUACUAUCUAUCAAAUUAAAUUUAUCAAGAGAUUGGAACAACCGCGGUCUUUAUUAGUAUAAUAAAACAAGGUUGUAGAUUUUUUUGCAUUUUCAAAAUUGAUGUACUAAUAUUAUUGAUCAACAUAUGCUUUCUUAUUAAAGAUCAACAUCCAAUAGAAAAAGAUCAACAUCCAAUAGAAAAAUAUCUAAAAGAAUAUAUAUAUAUAUAUAUAUAUAUUAUAUAUACACAUACA